AUGAAUUCUUUGACGCGGAUUCUGACCAUUGUGUCGCUUGCAUUGCUCUCGCCUGUGCUGGCUCGCCGCCAUGAAGUGCUCAAUUCCCAGGUUCGUCUGGCGUAUGUUGGUGACACCGCUAUGAGGGUGUCUUGGAACACUUUCCGUCAGCUCAAGAAACCGACUGUCCACUACGGCACGGAGCCCGACAAACUGCACCACCGGGCUUCGUCUCACGAGUCUGUCACGUACGACACGUCGCUCACGUACAACAACCACGUAACCAUCGACGGCCUGGAGCCAGACACACAGUACUACUAUCUCCCGGGCCAUCUGCUGCGCGACAAUGCAACCACGCCGCCUUACACCUUCCGCACCAGCCGUCCCGCCGGUGACAUGACGCCGUACUCUGCUGCCGUCAUCAUCGACAUGGGCACCAUGGGUCCUAGGGGACUGACUACCUCGGCUGGCCAGACCGUGUCGCCCAACAACAUUCUCAAGCCGGGCGAGCAAAACACCGUCCAGUCUUUGGAGAAUGCACUAGACACGUACGACCUUCUCCUUCACCCUGGCGACUAUGCCUACGCCGACGCCUGGCUCAAGGAAAUCGCCGAGGGCUUCCUGCCCAACACGACCAUGAACGACGGCUGGGAGGUCUACGAGUCCAUCCUCAACGACUACUUUGACGAGAUGACGCCCAUGACCACCACCAAGCCGUGGAUGGUCGGCGCCGGCAACCACGAGGCCAACUGCAUCUGCGGCGGCUACGACGACCCCUUCAACCACGUCAGCUACAACACCAGCGUCUGCAGCCCCGGCCAGACCAACUUCACCGGCCUGCGCACCCACUUCCGCAUGCCCUCGGACGUCGGAUCCGGCGGCGCCGGCAACUUCUGGUACAGCUUUGACCACGGCAUGGUGCACUACGUCAUGCUCGACACCGAGACGGACCUCGGCCACGGCUUCGUCUCACCCGACGAGCUCAACGGCGGCGAGGGCGACCACGCGGGGCCCUUUGGCGCCUACGCCAAUGCGCAGACGGACUGGCUCGAGGCGGACCUCAAGGCCGUCGACCGCCGCAAGACGCCGUGGGUCAUCGCGGCGGGACACCGGCCGUGGUACCUGUCGCUGGCCAACGUCACGCACACCAUCUGCUGGAUGUGCAAGGACGUGUUCGAGCCGCUAUUCCUCGAGUACGGCGUGGACCUGUACAUCUCGGGCCACGCGCACUUUUACCAGCGCUCCGCGCCGCUCAAUGAUAGCGUGGUCGACCCGAACGAGCUGAACAACCCGUCGGCGCCGUGGUACAUCACCAACGGCGCGGCAGGCCACUACGACGGCCUGAGCAAGGCGGCUAAGCAGAAGAAGCCGUACGAGCGCUUCCGGCUGGACGAGAACGACGCGACGUACGGCUGGUCGCGGCUGACGUUUCAUAACUGCACGCACAUGACGCACGAGUUUGUCGCGAGCAACAACAAUACUGUGCUCGAUAGCGCAACUCUGUUCAAAGACAGGAGCUGUGAUGCAAAGAGCAAUUGA